AUGGAUCAAUUACUUUAUACAUUAUGUGAUCAGAAAGAAGAUAAAAUAAUAUUGAAAGCAGCCAAACAAGCUUUGAAACUAGCUCAUAAACAACAACCAAGUCAAUUGGUUCAAGAAUUAUUAAACUCUUUAACAAUCAAACAACAAGAUGAAAGAAUUAAAUCAAAAGCAUUACAGUUAUUAAAACCUCUAGUUUCACCUUUGAAACCAACUUGGCAAAAGAUAACAGUAGAUGUAAAGAAUCAACUUAAAACCAAUCUAAUAUCAAUCUAUUUUGAAGAAAAAUCAAUUGCUAAUAGAUAUAAAUUGGUUGGUCUCAUGGGUUUGAUUGCAUCUGAUUUAAUUCCAAAAGGACAAUGGAAUGAAUUCAAAUCAUUAUCUAUAGAAUCAAUUAAAUCAAAUAACAAUAAUAAUAAUAAUAAUGAAUUAAAUAGAGAAUUGGGUGUAUUGGUAAUGGAACAACUUGCAAAGUUGGUUGGUGGCCAAACAGCUGCAAAUAUAAAAUUGUACAGUCAAUCAUUGGAGAAUGGGUUAAGAGAAACUAGUGAAUUGGUUAGAUUAGCGUCGAUCAAAGCUACUCUAUCAUUACUCGGGUUGGAUAAUAUCGAGUGUUACAAUCAAUUCAAGAUAUCGGUCAUUCCAUUGAUGUUUGGUGUUGUCGCUGCAUCGGUACCAUCCAGUAGAAGUCUGGAGAGUACACUAAAAGAGGUUGUUCAUCCUCUUGAAGAAUUGGUUGAAGAGAGGUGUCCUAAACUACUCAAAGAUCACAACAUUGCUCUAGUCGAAUGUUUUAUCAGAGUGUUGACACUGUCAACCGAUGAUUUAUUGAAAUACCAAGCAACAUACAUUCUCACACUAUCAAUAGAAUCAUCACCAACCAUAUGGGAAACCAACCCAACCUAUAUACAAUCAUGGGUUCAAGUACUAAUUAAAUGGUGUUCAACAGAGGAGAAGGAGGAUAGUGAAACCAAUCUACAAAUUUGGGAACAAAAUACAAGUUCUGGUAAAAACCAUCAAAAUAUAGCUAGACUUUCAUUUGACAAUAUUGUAAAGUCACUCCCAAGUACAAUACCUAGUUUUAUUCAAAUAAUCAACCAAUUAUUCAAAUCCCAAGAUGACAAGGAUAAGAAGGCAUCUUUAAUUUGUUUAUCAUCUAUUUCAAAAUAUUUGAAAGAAGAAAAAAAAGAAGAUAUUGAAUCUUUAUUAAAAUUAAUAGUUGAAGGAAUAUCUAAUAUAAAUCCAAUGGUUAGAUAUGAAUCAUUUAAAUGUUUGACUAGUUUUUCGAUACAUCUAAAAGAUAAACUGGUAUCAAAUAUUAAAUUAUUUGAAUCACCAGUUGCUUUGGGUCUUGCUGAUAAAUACCCACUCAUUGCAGGUGCUGCUUGUGAUUUUAUUUAUGUAUUAUUGGAUAAUAAUGAUGAACAAGAAGAAGAAGAAGAAGAAGAAGAAGAAGAAGAAGAAUACCUCGAACAAUUAAGAAAAUCAAUUCCAUGGAAUUGGUCAAAUGUAUUAAAAUUGGUAUCACGUCACUUUGAAUCAUCGGAUCCAUCACUUGUCAAAUGUGCAUUAUUAUCUUUUUCAUCAAUUGUUGAAAUCAUUGGUAAAAAAUUUGAACCAUUUUAUGAAACAUAUAGUUUAUUAUUAUUUUCAAUAAUUGAAAAGAAUAAUGAUCAUUCUAUAAUGGAUCAAAAAGACAUUUGUUAUACUGCUAUUCUAGCAGUGAGUAGAAUGGCCGUUCAUAGUUUAGCAUCUAAAAAGUCAUGUAUAAGGGAUUUUGAUAGAAUUUUAUCCAACCCAUCUGUAUUGAACUACAAAACAAUACCAGAUGGAAGAGACCCCUUUAUGGAAGACCUUUUAAAUGCAACUAUCAAUUUUUGUAAAUGUCUUGGAAAGGAUUUCAGCAAAUUCCUUGUCAAAUUUCAAGGAGUCAUAAUUUUCAUUCUUCAAACCAAAGAUUCUAAAAUAAUAGUUGGUAGUGAUGAUGAUGAUGAUGAUAGUGAUAGUGAUGAUGAUUAUGAUGGUGAUAAUGAUAAAUUGCCAAAUAUCAAUCCAAUACUAUUAGAGAACAAGACAUUGGCAUUGGAAUUAAUGUGUGAAUGUGUUGAUAGUAUGCAAGAAGGUCUAUUUCCAGGACAUUAUGGAUACUUUGAACAGACUGCAUUGAAAUUGGUCAAUCAUCCAUUCUAUUCACCUAUUAGAGUGGAGGCGUCUCGAUUAUUGGCAAAACUAUUCAAUUUGCAUGUCAUUAUUGCAAACAAAUUUAAUGAUAAAACAAGGGCCGAUAAGAAUUUCAAGAGAUACUUGAAAUCUUGUCUAAGAGCCAACCCCAUCUACGAUGAACCUGAAUCUAUCGUUGCCAACUUUGAUUGUGUAGCCGAUAUGAUUGCUUGUUUGGGUCAUGGUCGUAUGACUCAUCAACAAGUUGACUUGUGUUACAAUACUUUUUCUUCAACUGUCCAUAUGUUGGAAACCAUUAAAAGAAUUAAUUUGGGCAAACAUGGCGAUGACAAAGAGGAUGAUGAAGAAAUGGUGGAUGAAGAUAUGGAAGAUGAAGAUGAAGAAGAAGAUAAUGUUAUUAGUAGUGGUCUAAAGAUGAUAUCAAAUAUACUUGUUUUCAAUGGUGACGAGACCGCCCAUAUCGGAGCAUUUUUCCUUCCAAAUAUAAUUAAAUGGAAUUGGAUUAAAAAGGAUUCGAUUAAAGGUGAUAUCAUUGAUAUGCUAUCAAAAUAUUCCCAAUUUGGAGAAAGAAAUACUGGUGCGUUUAUAAAAGAUUUCAUUCCAAUAUUGGUUGAUCAUCUUUUGGUAGAUGAUAGACAAAUUAGAAAAAAUGCAGCAAAUGCCAUUGGUUUUAUAGCACAAAGUACAAAAGAGCAGUUUGCACCAGCUGAGUACGCAGUCGAUGCACUCCAAAAACUCAACAAACUCAUUCAAGAUCAAGAAAUAACAGAGGUUUCAGAUGUAGCAGUAUCUGCAAUUGGAAAACUCAUUCUCUAUAUUCCACAAUUAAAACCUCAUGCCAAUAGAGUCAUUCCAAUAUGGUUGUCUAAACUUCCAUUGCACUAUAGUGAAGAGGUCUCGACCUCAAUUCAUACUCUUUUAGAAUUAUUAAAGGUGUACCCAGAUAUCACCCUAGGAGCCAAUCUCGUUCAUGUUGGCCAUAUACAUAACUUGUUGUUGUCUGUUCCACGUGAGACCUAUAGGUUCAUCAAAAAUCUAAUUCAAAAAACAACUACUUGGAAAACUCUUUCACAAUCUUUAAAAGAUGAUUUUAAAAAGAAUUGUCCUAACUUUCAAUUAUAA